GAGGGAGAGAGUUUCUUGUCUGAAAAAGGACUUUUUUUCGAUUUCUCCUUUUCUUUUUCGAAUUGCCUUUUCUCUCUCUUUAUUUCAAUCCCCUCUCUCUCUCUCUUCUGUGUUACCAUACCCAAACAGGGAAGAGGGAGAGCUAGAAUAGAUAUCCCCAGCUCUACUAAUUUCCCCUUUUCCCGUUGUCUGCCCGUUGUUGGGUGAAGGAGUGAUCGAUAAUCUUGUUUGGAUUCAAGGCUGAGGAAAGGAGGGAAAUAAGAAUCCCAUUUGGGAGUUUGAUUGGUGUUGUUGGGUUGCUUUCAAUUCCGCAGAAAAAUGAAUAUGAUGCGUCGGAUUAAGAGCAUUGCUUCGGGCCGCACAUCCGUUUCAGAUCACGGAGGCGAUUCCAGCAUGAAAAGGGUGAAGGUGGAACGGGGAAUAGAUCAGAGUGGCGCCUGUGAUGUGAACGGUAGGCUGCCGGCAGAGUCGAACUCUAUGAAAGGUGUUGCAGCCGCGUCAGAUGUGCAUGAGCUACCGAAGGAGAUGAAUGGAAUGAGGAUUCGAGGGGAUGGAAACGAUGACCAUGUUAGUAGUGAUAUUGAGCCAACUGUCAUUAGUGGCAAUGGAACUGAACCCGGUCAGAUAAUUGUGACCUCAAUUGGUGGCCGAAAUGGACAACCAAAACAGGCGAUGUCUUACAUGGCAGAGCGCGUGGUGGGAACUGGUUCGUUUGGAGUUGUAUACAAGGCUAAAUGCCUUGAGACGGGGGAAUCUGUUGCCAUAAAGAAGGUUUUACAGGAUAGGAGAUACAAGAACCGGGAACUGCAGAUGAUGCGCUUGCUCAACCAUCCUAAUGUGGUUCAGCUGAAGCAUUAUUUCUAUUCGACUACUGACAAGAACGAGGUUUACCUUAAUCUUGUGCUGGAGUUUGUCCCUGAAACUGUUUAUCGGGCUACAAGGCAGUAUAGCAGAGUCAACCAGUACAUGCCCAUCUUAAAUGUGCAGAUGUACAUGUAUCAGAUUUGCCGUUCACUAAAUUAUAUGCAUAGAAUUAUCGGAGUUUGUCAUCGAGAUAUCAAGCCUCAAAAUCUGCUGGUCAAUACUCAAACUCACCAGCUUAAGCUUUGUGAUAUGGGAAGCGCGAAGAUACUGGUACCCGGUGAACCAAACAUCUCGUAUAUCUGCUCUCGAUAUUACAGGGCUCCCGAACUGAUAUUUGGAGCUUCAGAAUACACAUCUGCCAUUGAUAUGUGGUCCGUUGGCUGUGUCAUGGCUGAGAUGCUUUUAGGGCAGCCUAUAUUUCCCGGUGAAAGCAGCGUUGAUCAGCUUGUCGAAAUAAUUAAGGUUUUGGGAACUCCAACAAGAGAGGAAAUCAAGUGCAUGAAUCCAAAUUAUACUGAAUUUAAGUUCCCUCAGAUUAAAGCCCACCCAUGGCACAAGGUGUUUCACAGGAAAAUCCCAGCUGAAGCAGUGGAUCUGGUAUCAAGGUUACUCCAAUACUCACCAACUCUACGAUUCACAGCCUUGGAGGCUUGUGCACACCCCUUUUUUGAUGACUUGAGAGAUCCUAAUACACGCUUGCCCAAUGGUCAGCCGUUACCUCCUCUCUUCGAAUUCACAGCUGAAGAACUUACUGGUGUGCCUUCCGAACUGCUCAAACGUCUCAUCCCUGACCGCACCAAGAAGUGAAGCCUACGGGUAUUUUGAGAGCGAGCUCAUGAGUGUAUUAACGAGAUGAAGUUGCUGUAUAUGUUGGUGCGAGGUCAAAGACGAAAGGCGAAUAUAGUUUCAACUGAUUCUUGUAUAUGGAUUUGCAUACAGUUAGGUAUUACUAGAUCAUAUAUAUUUCCAGUUUGCAUUUAUCCAUAUUCCAAAUGGAAAUCUGCAAACUGCACAAAAUUUUAGAAGAUUGUUAGGUACACAUAUUUUUUUUCUCCCCAAUGUUUUAUUUGCAGUGCAAAAAUACAUAUUUGUAAGCAACACAUAAAGCCACAGAAUGUUGAUGUUCUAAUUCAAUCAGAGCUGCUAAUGCUCUCUCUUGUAA